GCAGUCGGAGCUCCCAUCUCAGGUUUCGCGACGCAGAGACUGUCGAGAGUGACAUGGACCCGCUGCGAAGACUUCUGUCCCAAAACGUUUGACCUGAGUUGAAGCCUACUUAAUUUUAUGUCUUGAGUAAAACUGUUCAUUCGGACCAUGAGUGAGAUGGACGUGGAUCUCCCCCCUACUCCCUCCCCUCCCUCACCCCUCAUCCCACCGGGGUCCUCUACCCUGGAUACUGCCUCACCUCUCUCCCCUAGCCCCCUCCCCUCUGCCUCCCAACCCUCCCCCUUCUUGACUCCCUCAGACUCCCCCAAACUCACCCCAUUGUCAGCCUCUCCUCCUCCUCCUCCCACUUCCUCUCCUCCUCACUCCAUCCCUUCAUCCACUUCCUCUCCUUCUUCUCCUCUCCCCAUCACCCCAAAAUCAUCCUUUCAUUCACCCACUACUGCCACCUCCACCCCAUCUCCCUCUACCUCUACCUCUCCUGCCCCCCAUCGUUGGGGCUUUGCUGCCCCCUCCACCUCUCUAGCCCCGUCGUCCUCUCCCGUCCCCCGGCGUCGGGGCUUUACGGACCUGGCUAAACGUGUGGUGAUGCAGGAAAGACUGAAGAAAGCCGAGCUGGAGGAGGCAGAAGCGGGUGAGGAAGAUGAGGAUCCUGAGGAGGACUUGUCGUUCGAGGAGAUGGAGGAGAAGGCCAAGUCUGGAGACGCCAGAGCACAGACCAGUCUGGGCAGAUACUACCUGGGGUUGGCUGAGGAGAAGGAGGCGGAGCUUAAUAACCGCCUGGCAGUUGAUUGGCUGGUGCAGGCCGCUAAGCAGGGACGUAAGAGUGCAGCCCGUCUUCUACAGCGCUGCUGGAUCCAGAGGAAAGGCAUCAGUGAUGAUAAUGAGGAGGAGGUGCGUAAGCUGUCGACAGAGAGCAGGUUUGAGCAGACGGUCCGGAAGGCAGCCAUGAUGAUGUUCAGGAAGCUGAACCCUGACAGGAAGGAGAAGAUGGCGGUGUCUGAGAUGAUGGAGAACGUUGGACAGGUCAACGCUGUGCACGGUGGCGCCACCACGGACCAAACCCAGAAAGUCCUGGAGAGCAUGGUCACUGGCGAGUCUGGUCAGUUUGUGGAUCUGGAUGAUUUUGUAGAGCUCACUAAGAGGUAUGCCCAGGGCAUGGCCCCCAGCGCCGGCUCUACCCAGAAACAGGACACACCCAAGACCCAGAGACUGGGCCCAGCACAAACCUCUGGAGAGAAGCAGAGUGGCCUGGUCCCUAAGAAGCCUAAGAAGGGUGUGUGGGGGAUGGGCCGGAGUGACAUGUUGAUGGACACCAGACGACACUUCCUGGUGUUGCAGUACCCUAUCACCACGGUCAUCGAGGUGAAGGAUCAGCUCAUUGAUUGGGCGUCUCGCGCCGGCGUCCAAUGGCUGAGCACGGUGAUCCCCACGCACCACGUCAACGCGCUCAUCUUCUUCUUCAUCAUCAGUAAUCUGACUGUUGACCUGUUUGCCUUCUUCAUCCCCCUCCUCGUCUUCUACCUCUCCUUCAUCUCCAUGGUGAUCUGCACGCUACGCAUCUUCCAGAGCAGCAAGGCGUGGGAGAAUUUCAGUGCCCUAACAACUCUGCUGACCAGGUUUGAGCCUGGCCUGGAUGUGGAGCAGGCAGAGUCUAACUUUGGCUGGAACAAUCUAGAACCUUACCUCUACUUCCUGAUAUCUGUCUUCUUCAUCAUCUUCUCCUUCCCCGUCGCCGAUAAAGGAUGGAUCCCCUGCUCGGAGCUCUCCACGGUAGCCAUCUUGUUCACGGUGGUCAGCUAUAAGAGCCUGAAUCCCUCGGCCGCCGCCUACACCAAACGGGCGCUCAUCACUGAGGUGGCGACGUCUUUGUGUUCCCUGACCAGUCUCCUGCCCCAGAGUGCUGUUCUGCUGAGGAUGCUGAGCCACACCUUCACCACCUUGCCUCUAGGGGAGUCAGUGGUGAUGAAGAUCAGUCUUCCCUGCCUGCUAGACCUCUAUCUCUUCUACCUGUUGUUCAGUAUGGCUAGACAGCGUGGUUUCCAGGGGACCUACUGUUUCCUGGUCCCCUACCUGGUCUGCUUCCUGUGGUGUGAGUUCUCUGUGGUGCUCCUCCAGAACUCUUCCCCCGUGGGGCUCAUCCGGACCUGUGUUGCCUACUUCCUGUUCCUGUUUGCCCUGCCCGUGCUGGCUGUGGGGCUGGCUGCCAUGGUCCUCAUCCAGCUGGUCAAAUGGUUCCUGGAGCUGGAGCUCACCAAGAUGAUUGUGACGCUGGCCGUGUGUGCGGUUCCGGUGACGCUGAGGCUGUGGACGCGCUUCGGCCUGUCGCUCAUGGACGUGUUCCACUCUAUGUCGCAACGCGGCGCCGUCAAGCUCAUCCUCUGCUGCGUCACCAUGGUGAUGCUGUUCUUCUGGACGUACCUGUACCACUCUGAGGGACUGCAGGGGUACAACUCUACGUUGACCUGGAAACAGUACAGUGCACUGUGUGGUCCUCCUGCCUGGAAGGAGAAAGGCAUGGCACAGACACAGAUCUUCUGCACACACCUGGACGGACACCAGGUGAUGUGGACCGGGAGGUUCCGGCAGGUGCGUGUAGCGGAAACGGAGAACGGCGCCCAGUCCGUCAUCAACCUGCUGCCGGUGUUCAUGGGAGAUUGGUUACGCUGUCUUUACGGAGAGACCUACCCUAAAUGUGACCCGCUGCGGAACAACUCCACCAACACCUCCUCCACCACCACCACCACCACCUCAACGGCCAACUCCAACACCCCCGUCGUUAACGCUAACCUCACCGUCGCCGACGCCGACUACGCCAACUCCCCAGUGCUUGGUGUUGCCGUGCCUACGGCCGUCCUCCACCGGCAGCAGGAAGAGGAGGAGCUGUGUGUGAUCAAGGCGUUGGCCAAACACACGUGUCACGUGAAGCGGUUCGACAGCUAUGUGUUAGAGGUGGGCGUGGGGAUGCCCGAGGAAGACGGGGUGCCAGAGGACCGAGACAGAGACAUCAAACUGGUGGCCAGCCAUGAGUUCAGACAGGUGUUGCUGCGCCUGCAGCCCGGAAGCCUGGUGGAGUUCAGCACUACGUUGGAGGGUCGUCUGGGGGGCCAGGUCCCGUCCUUCGAGCUGAAGGCCAUCCACUGCCUGGACUGUGACUCCUCCCUUCUGACCGCUGCCAGACAGGUGAAGAUAGAGAGAGACUGGAGACGGACCACCCUCAGCUCCGUCAAGUUCGCCUUCGAUUUCUUCUUCUCCCCCUUCCUCUCCGCACGGAUCGACGUGUGACGGGACGGGGCAAGAAGGAGAGAAAUGGAGUGAUGGGGGAAAUACAAGAGGAGUAGAUGGAUAGAAGGAUUUCAAUUCAAUACAACUACAUUUAGUCUUCUCCUCCCUUCCUGUCCUAAAGGAUCAACGUGUGACCAACCAGGGGUGGAAGAGACAGUGGCAGCCAUUUUUCUAAACGGACUGAGGGAAAAAAAUAGGAAACGGAUGGAUGAAGGAAUUCAAUUCAGUACAACUUCAUUUGUAGUGCAACUUAGUGAAUAAAGGGAUGGACUGAUGGACAGAUGGACGGAGGCGUGAAAAGGGGCGUCUCUCUGGUUGGAACACCCGAAGGGAACGGUUUGCUACAGUUACGCAGUUGCUGCUGUUCUCUUCUGGAAGCCAUUUUUGUUUUUUUCACGAGGUGGCUGUUGUCGUCCGGAUGACACAUUACCAUGGCAACGAGCUGCGGCAGCGUUUACGACGGGGGUGGAUAGUUGGAUCGGAUUGUAUCUUAAUUGUGCAGAAACACCCGGGGAGCUGAAAUCAACGAGGAAGUCGGUCAUCUGUAAACUGGAUUACUUGAAAGUAUUUCAACUGGAAAUAGCUGUAGUGGUCUUUAAAUGGGAAACUGGAGGAAAACGCUAGGGAAUAAUGGUGAAUUAAGAGUUCAGAUUUCAUCAUUAGUUUACAAAUAUAGUAUUAAGAGUUGUGUGUUCAACUGUCUUAAGAACACACUGAUACCUUGUGUAUGUAGAAUAUGUAGCAUAUCUACAGUGGAGAGAACAAGUAUUUGAUACACUGCCGAUUUUGCAGGUUUUCCUACUUACAAAGCAUGUA